CGUUUGGGGCGGCGGAGAGCGAGGGCGGGCGAGCGGGAGCCGGAGGAAGAGGCGGCGGCGGUUCGGCGGGCAGCGGCCGCUCGGCUCCGCGCCCCGCUCCGUGCCGCCCAGCGCGCCGCCGGGGCGGGGAGCGGGGCCGUGGUGCUGAAGGACAGCUCCGCGCCCGGCCGCCGGAGGGGGGAGCGGAGCCGUGGUGCUGAAGGACAGCUCCGCUCCGCGCCCCGCAGCCGGGGGCCGCCGCGCCUGGAUGCGCCCCCCGCCUCCGCGCCCGCGGCUCCCAUGGCGGUGGCACGGAAGAUCAAAACUUUGUUGACGGUCAACAUCUUGGUCUUCGUGGGUAUCAUCCUCUUCUCCGUCUACUGCAGGAUCCAGGACCGCUCCCAAGAGCUGGUGCAGAUCGUCCGGAGCGCGGAACGCCGGGCCAGGAGCCGCGGCGCCAAGGUGGGCAGCCUGGGAGACAGGGAGUCCAUCCUGCAGCGCCUGGACCACCUGGAGGAAGUGGUCUACAACCAGCUAAAUGGUCUGGCAAAGCCCAUGGGAUUAGUUGAAGGUCCAGGAGGCUUGGGCCAGGGGGGAAUGGCUGCUACCCUGAGAGAUGAUAGCCACGAGUCAGAGACUAAGUAUGAAGAAUAUGGUUACAAUGCCCAACUCAGUGACAGGAUAUCACUGGACAGGUCCAUCCCUGACUACAGACCGAAAAAGUGCAAACAGAUGACCUACCAAGAUGACCUGCCCCAGAUCUCUGUAGUCUUUAUAUUUGUAAACGAGGCACUCUCUGUCAUCCUGCGCUCUGUGCACAGCGUUGUGAACCACACCCCAUCGCACUUGCUCAAGGAGAUCAUUCUGGUGGAUGACAACAGUGACAAUGUUGAGCUAAAAUUUAAUCUGGACCAGUAUGUUAAUAAACGAUACCCGGGACUGGUGAAAAUAGUGCGCAAUAACAAACGAGAAGGACUGAUUCGAGCCAGAAUCCAAGGCUGGAAAGCAGCAACCUCUCCUGUUGUUGGUUUCUUUGAUGCUCACGUUGAGUUCAACAUUGGGUGGGUGGAACCUGCACUUACCCGGAUCAAAGAAGAUCGAAAGCGGAUCAUCUUACCAGCAAUUGACAAUAUUAAGUACAACACUUUUGAAGUGCAGCAAUACGCCAAUGCAGCUCACGGCUAUAACUGGGGCCUCUGGUGCAUGUACAUAAUCCCACCGCAGGACUGGCUCGAUAAGGGGGAUGAGUCAGCUCCCAUCAGGACACCAGCCAUGAUUGGAUGCUCAUUUGUAGUGGACCGAGAGUAUUUUGGUGAGAUUGGCUUGCUUGACCCUGGUAUGGAGGUCUAUGGAGGAGAAAACAUUGAAUUAGGCAUGAGGGUCUGGCAGUGCGGAGGAAGCAUGGAGGUCUUGCCCUGUUCUCGUGUGGCACAUAUUGAACGCACAAAGAAACCCUAUAACAAUGACAUUGAUUACUAUGCAAAGCGCAAUGCCCUGCGAGCCGCUGAGGUUUGGAUGGAUGACUUCAAGUCACAUGUUUACAUGGCAUGGAACAUCCCCAUGGCAAACCCUGGAGUUGACUUCGGAGAUGUUUCUGAAAGAAUAGCUCUACGACAGCGACUGCAGUGCCGGAGUUUUAAGUGGUACUUGGAGAACGUCUAUCCUGAAAUGAGAGUUUAUAAUAAUACGGUCACUUAUGGAGAGGUCCGUAACAGCAAAGCUAGUGGCUACUGCUUAGAUCAGGGAGCAGAAGAGGAUGACAAAGCAAUCCUUUAUCCAUGCCAUGGAAUGUCCUCUCAGCUUGUCCGCUACAGCUCGGAAGGCGUCUUGCAGCUGGGGCCGCUGGGCUCUACAGCCUUUCUCCCUGACUCCAAAUGCCUCGUUGAUGAUGGGAAGGGCAGGACGCCAACUCUGAAGAAGUGUGAAGAUGUUCUGAGGCCAGCACAGAGAUUCUGGGAUUUCACACAGAAUGGUCCAAUCAUCAGCAGAGACACUGGCCGUUGUCUAGAAGUGGAAAUGUCAAAGGAUGCAAAUUUUGGGCUCAGAUUAGUUGUACAAAGGUGCUCGGGGCAAAAAUGGAUGAUUAGGAACUGGAUAAAACAUGGCCGGCAUUGACUGCUGGGGCUGAGAAGCUGCCGAUCCUCUCGUUGUUCAUUGCUCAGUGUGCCAUAUCUUGCAAGGUAUUUGUCUUAAAGCAAAUUAGUUUGAACAGGACUUGGCUUUCAAGAGUCCUCCACAGCUGGGCAUUCAAAAGAAAAAAGAAGGAAAAGGAAAGCAGGCAAAUAUAUGCCCUACUUGACUCUUCCUUGCUCCAGAAGAUGACCUGGGAAGCUUAACAAGAGUUUUCUGUUGAUUUGGAAAUUUUGGGAAGAUCAGAACACAACAGACAAGUGGAUUCCUUAGGCUCUGCCAGAGGAACUAAUAGACAGGCAUUUCUAUCAUGAGUUCAAAGGAGAGAUCCCAAUACUGCCUCGUAAAGAGAGUUCUCUGAUGGGUAGCUUUUUAGCUUUAAGUUAUGGACUGGUGCACAACUCCUAUGGUGAAUAAUCAUGUGCCUUUUUUAUUGUACUUCGUAUAAAAGGGGACUGGAAAAAUCCUACCUUUUCAGCAUGUCUGGUUCAUUGUACUAAACAAGAAGAUCUGUAAAUAACACUGGAAAUAUAAUAUAAUAUAUGAUAAUUUUCAAGGUUGAUUGUUUAGGAGUCUCUGUUUCUAGAAAGGGACUAUUCACAAAUGUUUACAGGUGGUUCUCAACCUUCAAGCUGCUAAAAAGCAGCAUUUUAGAGACCUCUUAUAGUUAGACACAGGUAAAUGUUGAAUAGGUAAAAUAGCCACAUGCUCCGUUAUAUUACCACAUUUUACAUUUCUUGGCUGUAAAGGCAUCACAGUAUAGCACUGGUGAAUUUCACUCUUUCCAGGCAGGCAGAUGAAUUUUUGGAAGCCUUGGUUGGCCCAGAAACCCUGAAUACACAAAGUGCAAGGCUCCCACCCUGCAGUGCUGUGCGUGCAGGUGCACUGGUGAGUUGUUCCGGCAACUGCCUGGAAACUGGAUACUUAUUACUUCUGAAAAUAAGUUGACUGACUUAGGUGCCAUCUGUGAAAUUUUAACAGCUUGAAUCUUCCAUUUUGUUACCUGUCCUGUGAAAACGUCAAAUGUGAGCCAAUACGCUUCGUGAGCACUGUCUAGACAAAUGUCCUGAACAAACCAACAAGGUCUUUUCAGUAUUUGAAAAAAAAAAACCCCAAAACCUAGUGAUAAGAAGGCAAAUUACAGCAAGAACUAGGCAACAUAGAUAAAUACUGUUACUCUGAGAUAUAAAUAUUUCACUGUAGUUCACCCAUUGGCAGCAUCUUUGUGAACCUGAAUUUAAUACUGUAUCCAGUGGUUCACGCGGUACCUGCACACAGACGGCCAGAACGAUGACAAGGCUGUAUCCAAAAGGCUGGCAAAGUUGAUGACCACUGUCGGCGUCGGCAGGCUUUGGAUGUGGGUCCAUGGUAGACAGCUUUUUCAUUACAGAAGGUUCAGUCAUAGCGAAGGAGAGACAGAGAUGGCAUCUGAUAACUUCACUGUUAAAUAUUUUAUAGGGUUUUUUACAAAAAAAGUUUUGUUUUACUGAGCCAGAAAAAUAGGUGGUUGCAGACACUGCGGUGCCAUGAAGCUUGGUGACCUGUUUCUUGAAGAGGUUUUGCCAUUCUUAUUUCAAGGCAUGCUGAACAGAAUAGAAUGGAAGCAAAGUUAAUUUUUAAAGGGCAUGAUAUGUAAUAAAGUAUUUAAUUUUAACACGCAAAAUCCAUCAGUUCUUGUCAUCUUGUGGUUGUUAUCUAGAAAGUAUAUCACUAUAUUUUGUCCCAGCUUUAUUUUUGAAACAGUCUGUGCAAAAUGUAAUACAAAACCUAUUCUCCUGGAGUUUAUUGGUGGCUAAUUGAUGGUCUUUAUUUAUGUCACGUGGAUCGGGUUAUGCAUGAAUAUAUACAAAAGAGUCAUUCAAGAUGAGAUUCUGAAUAUAGAAAUGCUUGAAAUUCUGCAUUGGUCUGGCAUGGUUUAAGGGAGUGUUAGGAAAGUUUGGACUCGAUGAUCCAGUGGGUCCUUUCCAACCUGGUGAUUC